UGUUCUAAACUUGGUCUUCUCUUCUGGAUCCACAGACUCUGUCAGGCUGGAGAACGGAUCCAGUCUGUGUUCAGGCAGGCUGGAGGUGAAGUCCAACAACUCGUGGUCCUCCGUGUGUGAAGAUGACUUUGACCUGCUGGAUGCAGAGGUGGUCUGUAGGGAGCUGGACUGUGGGGCUCCUUCAGUCCUCCAGGGGGCGCUCUAUGGAGAAGCAGAAGCUCCCAUAUUGAGCAGAGAGUUUUUCUGUGAAGGUCAUGAGUCUGUUCUUCUGGACUGUGGAAGCUCAUGGAGGAAAACAAAAGCCUGUCCACCUGACAAAGCUGUUGGACUCACCUGCUCAGACUCUGUCAGGCUGGAGAACGGAUCCAGUCGGUGUUCAGGCAGGCUGGAGGUGAAGUCCAACAACUGGUGGUCCUCCGUGUGUGAAGAUGACUUUGACCUGCUGGAUGCAGAGGUGGUCUGUAGGGAUCUGGGCUGUGGGGCUCCUUCAGUCCUCCAGGGGGCGCUCUAUGGAGAAGCAGAAGCUCCCAUAUUGAGCAGAGAGUUUCUCUGUGAAGGUCAUGAGUCUGUUCUUCUGGACUGUGGAAGCUCAUGGAGGAAAACAAAAGCCUGUCCACCUGACAAAGCUGUUGGACUCACCUGCUCAGACUCUGUCAGGCUGGAGAACGGAUCCAGUCGGUGUUCAGGCAGGCUGGAGGUGAAGUCCAACAACUCGUGGUCCUCCGUGUGUGAAGAUGACUUUGACCUGCUGGAUGCAGAGGUGGUCUGUAGGGAGCUGGGCUGUGGGGCUCCUUCAGUCCUCCAGGGGGCGCUCUAUGGAGAAGCAGAAGCUCCCAUAUUGAGCAGAGAGUUUCUCUGUGAAGGUCAUGAGUCUGUUCUUCUGGACUGUGGAAGCUCAUGGAGGAAAACAAAAGCCUGUCCACCUGACAAAGCUGUUGGACUCACCUGCUCAGAUCCUGUGAGACUGAUGGGAUCGAGUCGUUGUUCUGGUGAACUCCAGAUGAAAAUCGGAGGAGAAUGGAGAGCUGUUGACGCCCGGAUAUUUCUAACAACACAGACAUUAGCAUCUGUGUGCAACAACCUUAAGUGUGGAUCCUACGUUUCAUUGACAACUAAACAACUUCCAAGAGAAAAGCCAGUUUUCUGGAUUAUAUCUCUCUGCUUUGAUGAAUUUCCACUAAAUUUGGAGGAAUGUGUGUAUGAAGAUACAGUGAGCAGCAACACGAUGGAAAUCACCUGCUCAGACUCUGUCAGGCUGGAGAACGGAUCCAGUCGGUGUUCAGGCAGGCUGGAGGUGAAGUCCAACAACUCGUGGUCCUCCGUGUGUGAAGAUGACUUUGACCUGCUGGAUGCAGAGGUGGUCUGUAGGGAGCUGGGCUGUGGGGCUCCUUCAGUCCUCCAGGGGGCGCUCUAUGGAGAAGCAGAAGCUCCCAUAUUGAGCAGAGAGUUUCUCUGUGAAGGUCAUGAGUCUGUUCUUCUGGACUGUGGAAGCUCAUGGAGGAAAACAAAAGCCUGUCCACCUGACAAAGCUGUUGGACUCACCUGCUCAGAUCCUGCUACUGUGAGACUGAUGGGAUCGAGUCGUUGUUCUGGUGAACUCCAGGUGAAAAUCGGAGGAGAAUGGAGAGCUGUUGAUGCCGGGGAAUUUAUAAGAUCACAGACAAUAAUUACAUCUGUGUGCAAGAACCUGAAGUGUGGACCCCACGUUUCAUCGACGACUAAACAACUUCCAAGAGAAAAGACAGUUUUCCAGAUUGGGUCUACCUGCUUUGAUGAAUUUCCACUAAAUAUGGAAAAAUGUGUGUAUUACGAUACAAUGAGCAGCAACACAUUGGAAAUCACCUGCUUAGACUCUGUCAGGCUGGAGAACGGAUCCAGUCGGUGUUCAGGCAGGCUGGAGGUGAAGUCCAACAACUGGUGGUCCUCCGUGUGUGAAGAUGACUUUGACCUGCUGGAUGCAGAGGUGGUCUGUAGGGAGCUGGGCUGUGGGGCUCCUUCAGUCCUCCAGGGGGCGCUCUAUGGAGAAGCAGAAGCUCCCAUAUUGACCAGAGAGUUUCUCUGUGAAGGUCAUGAGUCUGUUCUUCUGGACUGUGGAAGCUCAUGGAGGAAAACAAAAGCCUGUCCACCUGACAAAGCUGUUGGACUCACCUGCUCAGACUCUGUCAGGCUGGAGAACGGAUCCAGUCGGUGUUCAGGCAGGCUGGAGGUGAAGUCCAACAACUCGUGGUCCUCCGUGUGUGAAGAUGACUUUGACCUGCUGGAUGCAGAGGUGGUCUGUAGGGAGCUGGGCUGUGGGGCUCCUUCAGUCCUCCAGGGGGCGCUCUAUGGAGAAGCAGAAGCUCCCAUAUUGAGCAGAGAGUUUCUCUGUGAAGGUCAUGAGUCUGUUCUUCUGGACUGUGGAAGCUCAUGGAGGAAAACAAAAGCCUGUCCACCUGACAAAGCUGUUGGACUCACCUGCUCAGACUCUGUCAGGCUGGAGAACGGAUCCAGUCGGUGUUCAGGCAGGCUGGAGGUGAAGUCCAACAACUCGUGGUCCUCCGUGUGUGAAGAUGACUUUGACCUGCUGGAUGCAGAGGUGGUUUGUAGGGAGCUGGGCUGUGGGGCUCCUUCAGUCCUCCAGGGGGCGCUCUAUGGAGAAGCAGAAGCUCCCAUAUUUAGCAGAGAGUUUCUCUGUGAAGGUCAUGAGUCUGUUCUUCUGGACUGUGGAAGCUCAUGGAGGAAAACAAAAGCCUGUCCACCUGACAAAGCUGUUGGACUCACCUGCUCAGACUCUGUCAGGCUGGAGAACGGAUCCAGUCGGUGUUCAGGCAGGCUGGAGGUGAAGUCCAACAACUGGUGGUCCUCCGUGUGUGAAGAUGACUUUGACCUGCUGGAUGCAGAGGUGGUCUGUAGGGAGCUGGGCUGUGGGGCUCCUUCAGUCCUCCAGGGGGCGCUCUAUGGAGAAGCAGAAGCUCCCAUAUUGAGCAGAGAGUUUCUCUGUGAAGGUCAUGAGUCUGUUCUUCUGGACUGUGGAAGCUCAUGGAGGAAAACAAAAGCCUGUCCACCUGACAAAGCUGUUGGACUCACCUGCUCAGAUCCUGCUAUUGUGAGACUGAUGGGAUCGAGUCGUUGUUCUGGUGAACUCCAGGUGAAAAUCGGAAGAGAAUGGAGAGCUGUCUAUGCCCGGGAUUUUCUAAGAACAGAGACAAUAAUUACAUCUGUGUGCAAAACCCUGAAGUGUGGAUCCCACGUUUCAUUGACAACUAAACAACUUCCAAGAGAAAAGACAGUUUUCCAGAUUAGUUCUACCUGUUUUGAUAAAUUUCCACUAAGUAUGGAGGAAUGUUUGUAUUUUGAUACAAUGAGCAGCGACACGAUGGAAAUCACCUGCUCAGACUCUGUCAGGCUGGAGAACGGAUCCAGUCGGUGUUCAGGCAGGCUGGAGGUGAAGUCCAACAACUGGUGGUCCUCCGUGUGUGAAGAUGACUUUGACCUGCUGGAUGCAGAGGUGGUCUGUAGGGAGCUGGGCUGUGGGGCUCCUUCAGUCCUCCAGGGGGCGCUCUAUGGAGAAGCAGAAGCUCCCAUAUUGAGCAGAGAGUUUCUCUGUAAAGGUCAUGAGUCUUCUCUCCUGGACUGCAACCACCCCAGACUAGAGAGAAGCUCCUCAUCAGACAAAGUUGUUGACCUCACCUGUUCAGGAAUCAUCCGCCUGGAGGGAGACGUCAGUCACUGUGCUGGAACACUGGAGAUGUUUUACGGUGGAGAAUGGGGACCAGUAGCUGCUUCUACCUGGAGCCGGGACUCCGCCUCUGCAGUGUGCGCUCAGCUGGGUUGUGGUUCUGCUCUGUCUACUAGAAGCAAAGACAACUUCCUGAACAGAUCAGUGUGGUGGAUCCAGCCUCCGUGUGGCCCAUCACUGGAAGACUGUAAUAUUAUGCGUUGGGAUGAUCAAAGCCAAUCUACUCUUGAAAUAAUCUGUUCAGUUUCUGUGGUGGGUUUGAUGAUCCGUUGGGUUGUCGUCUCGGUGGGUUUGAUGGCGAUGAUCCUCGUCACCUGCUUCUACGCCACGGUACUGAACACACAACCUGCACGGCAAAUACAGGACCUGAAGUAUUUUAUAGUGAUGGUGAAUUGUUGUCUUUUAGAAAACCAGACGGAGAACACGAGAGGAACCGAGACGUUCCUGAUGGUUCUGGUUCUGGAGGCUGUACAGAGGAGAGGACUGCAGUGUGAAGGAAAGAAUGAACAGUCCAGGCUGCAGCUGUAGAACUCUGCAUUACAUUACCAAUAGAUUCAAUAAGCAUCAAUAUUAACAUUUGACCCCAAACAAUAUUAAAGAUGAAACUAAUGAGUAAACUAGCUC